AGAGGAAUAUGAUUAAAUCAGGGGACGGGAACCAUUCUAAUUACUGCUAUCGAUUAGACAGCGUGUGUGAAAUGACAUGAACGAACGUUUUACUUUCGCCGUAGUGUUCGUUCAGUGAUCAAGCAUUUCUCAUCAUCUUCUUCAUCAUCAACGCUGUGAUUCCAACAAAUGAGUACAGACUGAUUUCGGACUAUGAGUCUCACUAAGACUGAUUCGACUGCAGCCAUUGCCUCGCUCGUGAGCUAUGGAGGAGAAGAUUCGGAACCAGACUCGGAAGAUGAAAACAGGGCAAGCCUGGGUCUUGUGGCGUACGCGGGCGACGAGGAGAGAUUACCUACAGAAGUCGCGGAAGACUCCCGUGAUGCUGAUGUCAUCAGCGAUGACGAAAUGCCGCAAAUCCAAGGACUGGCGAAGGUAGGAGACGAUGCCUAUCUUAACGCAUCAAUCAACUCGGAAUCUGCGGUUGCGUUGUCGGAGAGUAUCCGUCGCUCGUGUAGCAUGGACGACGGCGACGUGAGGCUCCCCCCAGAACCGACGGGCAGAUGCUCGAAACACUUACAGGAUAAGAUUUCAAAUUUCUACAAGAAACGCUUCAAUCUGAACCGCAUUCAGGCACGGAAAGAUUUACGGAACCCUAGUAUUUAUGAAAAGCUGAUUACGUAUCUCCACAUUGAUGAGCAAGGCAGCAAUUUCCCGAGUGACGUCUUCAACCCUCAUGGCUGGGAUGAAAGUUCCUACUACGAAGCGCUCGCUAAAGUACAAAAGGAAGAUAUGGCCAAACGUGAAAAGGAAAAGAAAGAACGAACCAAAGUAGAAUUCAAGAUGGGGAUGGCCAAAAAGUCAUUAUCAGCAUUAGCCCCGACGGUCACAACAACUGCAGGGGUAGCAACUACAACAUCUACAGCUGUGACUACACAACCUGCAACCACCGCAGUACCGCUACUGUCCAUCACGACUAGCCAUUCGUUACCAGCCACUACUUCAGACGAACCAGAAAGGAAGCGUAAAUCAAAAUGGGGCGUCGUUCCAACGGACACAAUUCGACCACUUCUACCACUACCUACCCCCAUCCAGCCAUUCCCUAUCACCAUGGUAACCAGACCCCAGGUCAGCAUGAUGAGUGCCUUAGUAACCAACCCCGUCACCAUGGCUCCCGUUAUACCAGCGCCGACCGUCACAAAAACCACCGUCAUUUCUUCCGUUGGAGUUUUGAAAAAGCCAAAGUUGGACAAAUGAUACACCAUUGAUUGAGGACACUUUUUGGCCAAUAUGCUAACCAUGGGAAAUAUUUGCUUAGACAAAUAGGUUACCAGCUACAAUGUAGUGGUUUUUACAUCCCCCGUGACUGGUCCCCGGCUAAUAUUUCCUAAGCAUGGAAAAUAUAUGCUUAGCAAAAAUAGGUUACCAGCUAAAAUGUUAUGGUUUCUUUAUCACCUGUGACUGGUCCUCCGCUUAUUUUUCCUAAGCAUGGGAAAUAUAUGCUUAGCAAAAAUAGGUUGCCAGCUAAAACGUAAUGGUUUGUAUAUCACCUGUGACUGGUCCCCAGCUAAUAUUUCCUAGCAUGGGAAAUAUAUGCUUAGCAAAAAUAGGUUACCAGCUAAAAUGUAAUGGUUUCUAUAUCACCCGUGACUGGUCCCCAGUUUUUUAUAAAAUUUCCUAUGCUUUUUUCUGUUAUUCUGCGCAUUAAAAAGUGGUCGCCAAUGAAAAUUGUACUAUUAUUUAUAUCACUUUCAACUGGUGCCCAGCAUUUUGCUUGCAUAUAAAACCUGGUUGAUAGUCGAUAGUCAUGCACAGAUAAGAACCUUUUUGUACAACAAAUUUUUUAGCUGGGAAAACUUCUCGUGUUUUGUUUUUGAAUGAAAACAGAGAAAGUGAUUGAGAUUGUAUAUCUUGUUAGCUUUUAUUAUGUAGUACAUUAUAACUUGUGUUUGUCACUAAUUACAUUUGCAUGUACAUGCAUCUAAUAAAUGAAAAAGAUUACAGAAAAGAA